UCAACCACGAGUUUCAGGAAAAGUUUUGAGGUCAUCCGAUCUGAACUGACGGAGGAGAUAUGUGACAAACUAUUUCAGCUCUACGUCCAUUAUAACUACUGGAAGGGGAUGGAUGAAGAGACAGCCAAAGAAUCCGUGAAGAACCUGAUUCUAAAUGAUCUUCACCAUCCUGUUGUUUUCCAUCACAUGAUCGGCACAUGGCCUGCAUCGUCAUGGAAACCAGAAACACUACAAAGCCUCCUCGGUGAUAAGAAGUUUAGUUUUAAGAUUGGUAGACUACAGAAUGAAAAAGAUGGUGUGGUGUGGGAGUCCGAGUGUAGGCAUGAUGAGGCGACCAUUGGCGACUUCCUGGCCUGGCUUUGUAAGCGAUGUUCAGAGUCAAAUCCCUUGGUGCGGUAUCCUCAGGAUAAACACUGGGUGUAUUUAGAUUAUAAAUACAUGGCACAAAUGUUCGAAGAUCAACCAAAUAUUCAUGAGGAUGUUCAGUGGGACACAUUUGGUUUCCAAGGGCGAGAUGGCCAUGACAGCACACUAUGGAUGGGGUCUGCUGGGUCCUAUACCCCAUGCCACUACGAUACAUAUGGAUGCAACCUUGUCGCACAGAUAUAUGGAAGGAAGCGUUGGUACCUGUUCCCACCCGAGGCCACAGAUAGCCUCUACCCGACAAGGAUACCUUACGAGGAGUCGAGUGUCUUCAGUUACAUUGAUAUAAAGCGACCAAAUUUGGGGAAAUUUCAUUCAUUUAAGGAAACAAGUCCAAUUGUCGUGACGCUAGAACCAGGACAGGUUUUAUUCGUCCCGAAACACUGGUGGCAUUUUGUGGAAAGUUUGGAGACGUCUAUCAGCAUCAAUUCAUGGAUUGAACUGGAAAGUGACCACAUGGAGCGUCUCUCAGAAUGCGUCUGCCAAACUCUCGUCAAUUCAUUGAUGUCGUCUGCUGACAGACCAGAAGCGGAGUGGCUCAAUCCAGGACAGUCCAGCCAAAACCUUGAUGCCAAUAUGCUCAACCUGGAGGAAGUUAUCGAGUCAUUACCGAAGGAACUUGCUCUAGAAAAGGACAAAGUGCCGAAAAUCUCACUUGACAUAGCAGACAGCACUAAGGAUACAGGAAUACGAGCUAGAAAACGACAACGUCUAUUGAGAGAAAAUGACUCCAGUGGAACAUCAGGAAAUAUUCCCUUUAAAAAUGCUAAUUCGGGACUGUGUCAAAGGAGUCGUAUUGAGAUUCUAGCAAAAGACAGUUCGAAUACUCGGGCGAACCCUGAACAAACUUUAGCUAUUUCUGUAUCUGAAUCCAAACCUGAAGGGGUAACUGUGGGCACUCAUUCAUGCGAUUCAAAAGUUGAACCAAUGGAUGAAGACGAUUUAGAGAUUGGACAGUUAGCAGAAGAUGUGUCCUCAUCCUGUGGUUGUGCGCUGUGUGGAAAUGUGCGAUAUCUCUCUCGUGAGAACAGCGAAAGGCCGUACGUUGAACAUCUUGACUCUAUCCCAUUCUCAGAAUACUUGAACAGUUACACAAACGAUAAAUACAAGAUAGAGAAUCAACAAAUGUCAAAACGUCCGUCCAAUUGUGACCUGCAUGAACAGACUUCCAAAGAUCUAUUUGAAAAGUUUGUAAAUGCUGUCACGCAUCCAGAUAUCAUUCAGAAAAUUGUUGAUAAAUUGAAAGAGAAGAUCAGUGCUGACUCAGCAGAUUCUCCUGAAGGUCUCCCAAACUAAUUAGAACCUGUUGAAGAAAAUGCACGAAUGUGUGUGAAAGUGGGUAAGGCAGCUCAGGUCACCUGUAGAGAUGAUCACCGAGAGACGUUAUCAAAAAUCUUUGUAAAUAUUUGUUUAGUUUGAAAGUGCCACUAGGUACUGACAUGCAAGUUUUUCUAUUGGGUUCUGUAAAUAUCACAAUAGUUUAUAAAAGUUAUAUUGUAUGGGACUUGUCACAGCAAAACCAGGCACAUGUCCCAGAGAAGAGACCUGGAGGUAAUGGAAGAAAUUGACGUAAUCAUAUUUUACAGAAGGCAGACAACAGUGAAAUGAACAAGCAGUCUGUCUUAGAGCAAGAUGCGCUUUGUUUUGCUGGGGCAGGUCACAUAUCGUGCCGUCAGUCAAGACCGGAAUUGACAAUCAGUUAAAGAUUGAAGACAAAUUAUUUGAAAUAUCCAAUAUUAUAGAAUACCAAAUAUAAUCCAUUUCGUGAAUCAUCUAGGCCCAGCACUGCUUGUUCUAUUUCCUUGUCAUACCUUUCAUAUCAUUAUGUCAUCACUUUCUUGAAUGUUCAAUCACCACUACUUUUUAUUUGGCAAUAACAUUUUAUGACAGACAUGUGUUCUUGAGUUCCUCCAGUUCAAAUCCAGUAUACAUCCCAUGGCACCAGUUAUAGCAACCUCGGUUUUACAUCUCGCAAGAAGGACAAAGCAAUGAAAGGUUGGUUGACUCUUCCAUCUGGUUAUCCACACUG